AUGGUAUACUAUAUACUUCGACCUCGGGCAGGCACUCAAGAGGCUAGAGAGACUGCCAAUCUCAAAGCCUCAUACAAUCAACCUACUUGGGAGCUGCUGCCCUCAUUGCGUGACUCGUGUUUGUCAGUUCUGUUGGUGACUUGGGGUCCCAAGCUUGGGAUGAGGCAAAUGAUCGUAUCACGAUAUUCCUUUAAGGUUGGACUCUCUUUGAGUUCUCCUACUGUUAAUCGGACCCUGACUGUCAUGUUGAACAAAAUCAGAGAAAGGUGUCCUGCUCACAUCCAAAAUGUAAUGAUUUGUUUACCUCAAGAAAAUUGCUUGCGUGUAUUAUAUCUCCCUUCCCCUAUCCUCCAGCUCCCCACUCUGCACAGGAACAGCAACCAAACUCAUCUCACCCCGUUCCUUGCCGUACCUCAUUAA